AUGACUAGCACCAAGAGUUCGCUGGAGUGGGAGCAGUUGUCGUAUAAUAUCCAGCCAUGGCUCGUGGAAACGAUGCACUCUUUGGGGUAUUCAAGCAUGACGCCUGUUCAGGCUUCCACGAUUCCUUUGCUAUCACAGAAUAAGGAUGUUGUCGUUGAGGCAGUUACUGGAUCUGGAAAGACUCUGGCAUUUGUGAUACCGAUUUUGGAAAAGCUCUACAGAUUCUACAAAGAAGAUGGACCUCUGAAGAAGGGCCAUUUCGUGGGAAUGAUAAUAUCACCAACGCGCGAGCUCGCGAGUCAGAUCCAGUCUGUUUUCGAAAAUAUCCUCAAAUUCAAGCCCGAAGAUGACAUAAUUCCCGAGGUGAAAACCCAGCUUUUGGUGGGUUCUAUUGGAACCGUUAGAGAUGAUGUCCAGAACUUCUUGCAAAGGAAGCCCCAGGUACUCAUUGGAACACCGGGCAGACUGCUGGAUUUCCUUGGUGCACAAUCCAUAAGAUGUGGAUCAUGUGAGAUUGCCAUCCUUGACGAAGCUGAUAAGUUACUAGACAUUAGUUUCGAGAAGAUUGUGACGGAUAUCCUGAGACAUCUUCCAAAGCAAAGAAGAACAGGGUUAUUUUCAGCCACCAUUUCUAGCGCGGGAAAUACCAUCUUCAAAGCUGGUAUGACAAAUCCUGUUAAGGUGACCGUGAAGUCCAUGAACUCGCAGUACCAGCAGAUAUCCACACCAACUAAUCUGGGUAUCUCUUACAUUCCAGUCAAAGCGCAUUUGAAGCUGCAGUUCCUGUUCGAUAUGCUGGCUAAUUACCAAUUCAAAAAGGCAAUUGUCUACUUUCCAACUUGUAUAAGUGUCACAUACUUCUACGGGCUGUUACAGCAUAUUUUGAAGGAGAACGAAGAUUUACAAGAAGGCGAGUUGACCUUUUACUCUUUGCAUGGGAAACUGAAGGCGGGUCCCAGACUCAAAACUCUGUCAAACUUCACCAAUUCCACUGGAACAAAGAGUAUUCUCCUCACGACUGAUGUCGCUGCUCGUGGUAUUGAUGUUCCCGAGGUUGAUCUGGUGAUCCAGCUUGAUCCACCCACGGAUCCUGAUGUGUUCCUUCACAGAUGUGGACGUACAGGAAGGGCCAAUAAGGUGGGCAAGGCCUUUGUAAUGUUGAGCGUGGGAAGAGAGCUGGACUAUAUCGAUUUCAUGGCCGUUAGGGGUGUGACCCUGGACGAGAGCUCGUAUUCAUUUGACGAGGAUUCCAAAUUCAGCAGGCGUUUUGUGAAGGGUGUCAAAAAGUGGAUCAUGGCGGAUAGAGCGAGGUAUGAUCGUGGUGUCCGGUCUUAUGUUGCUUUUGUGAGGUACUAUUCAAUGCACUCUGCAGCCUCCAUUUUCAGAAUGGAGUCCUUGGAUUACAUUGGAACAGCUAGAAUGUAUGGACUGCCUCGUUUGCCCAAAAUGCCCGAAAUGAGAUACAUAAGCCAAGCAGACUUGCCGGAGAAUGGCUUCAUCGAGGAUGUGAACUUCGACGAGUAUUCAUACAGAGAUCCACAACUGGAGGAGGUGAGACUGAAAGAGCUGAAGACAGAGGUGGAGAAAAAGAAGAGGAAGGAACAGAGUGAGAAAAAGAAGGCUCAACAGCACAAGAACGAUGCUUGGUCUUCGAAACUGGAUACCAAAGAGGUGAAGCAAGAGAGGCGCGAAAAGGCAAAGAGACGUCGUGAAGCAGUGGAUAAGAUAAUUGCCGAAAAUGCUCUGGAUAGUUCAGACGAGGAACAGAACGCUGUUGAUUGGAAGGAUGUUGUCAAGGCUUCGAAGAAAAGGAAGAACCAGGGCGUGAUAGAAGGGUCUUUUGAUGAUUUGUGA